AUGAUUGUAUGGCACAUCAGACAAGCUGUGGGUAUGUCCGAUGUGGCAGCUCUGACCAAUACCGCUGUGGCCUGAUCUACUCUCCCGGAUACCCGACUGCCUUUCCUUCUUCAGUCAUCUGCUUGUGGACCAUCGACGGUCCGAGCGGAAGCUACGUCAGCUUAGUGCUACUGGAUGUAGAUUUGCCCGGAUAUUUAGGAGGUGCCUGCACCAGCCGUGUGCUGCAGAUCAGGGAUAGGUUCCUGACGGUAGGCUGGAAUACGAUCCACGGGCUGUGUCGUGGUGAAAACGAGCAGAGGCUCUUUGUUUCCAGCUCCAAUGACAUGCAGUUGGCCAUGCUGGCGACACGAAGUGGUGGUGAUGUCGGCGGCACUCGUGGAUUUAUGGCAACGUUCAACAUCAGUACGUUCAUCGCCAGCGGUCAGGUACAAAACCUUCCGGAUGAUGCAGGGUUCAUUUGCCCAUGCGGCUGGCAUUUGUUCCGUCGAAACUGCUACCAGACCUUCCUGCACAACGUACCAGUCAACUGGAAAGAGUCAGACGCUAAGUGCCGAGAGGUUGGUGCCAACUUGACCAGCGUCGCUGACCGACAGGAAAUGGAGUUUCUGCACCUGCUUUUGGUCACCAACGUUGUUGUGAAGCGUAUUGCUGAUCCGAAACUUUAUAUAGGUCUGUACGACAUCUAUAGAAAUCGAACUUUCGCCUGGACAGAUGGUACCCCCGUGACAUUCACGGACUGGUCGCCUGUGGAUAUCCGCACUGGGUUUCCACAACCAGAUGGGGCUGACAUCAACUUCUGCGUUGCCAUAGUGAUGAAAAACGUUUGGGGUACUGACCAAUGGUAUGACGUGGCUUGUGACGAACGAGACACUAGAUCCUUCAUUUGUAAGGGGAAGGCUGAACGAGUGACCCGCUCAGGAAAUGAUGUAUAGACAUAAUGUUGUCACGAGGGUCGCUUAAAACGUUUGCCAUCAUUUAUUUAACUUAACAGAUGUCAGACAAUGUGAAUGGCACAUCAUAUGAGGAUGAACUGAACUGAACAGAUGUUAAUCACAGUACAAAUGUGAUAGAAUUGAUACGAGAUAACAAAAUUUUAAUAAAGAUACAUGUAAGUAUGAUCAACUCAUCACUAGCCUUGAAAUAGAAUUACAAGAAAGAAAAAAAGAAAAUACAUGCGGUAAUGGCAUACUCAAGAUAAAUAUAAAUGGUAUAUCAAUGGUGAACAACAGUUCAUGUUUGAGAAAUGUGAUUUUAGGACAUCUAAGAAAACUCUUUAAUUAAUCCGAACUGGUAGUACAUAUGAUAGGACGGGGACACCGGGCUGUUUGACUAAGUUGAGGCCUUGUCUUGUGAAGUUUCAGUAGCUACCAUGGCUGUUAUGUAAGAACAUUACUGAUAAGUGAACAUA